AGUGACAAACAUGUGCAGAGCUCGGUGUAAUGCCUCUGUUUACGCUAGAGAUAGAUGAAAAUAUUUAUAUAUUUUUUUCCUUUCCUUCGAGUUAAACAACCCUUUAUGGAAGUCGAGUGUGGAUUUUAAAGCCAGGAGCUCCUGAUAAAGAGUUGAAAAGAGGUGUGUGGUGAAGUCUAUUUCUAUUUCUAAUUAUAGGCUGAGUAACAGGAUCUCUCCCUCUGAGGUAAUAUUCCAGAGAGAGAGAGAGAGAGAGGAGAAAAGAGGCUUGCUUUUAAGAUCUGUUCGAGCAGCCAUGCCUAUUCCUCCUCCUCCUCCUCCACCACCAGCACCACCCCCACCCCCACCACCAGCUGUUCUACAGUCCCAAACCGAGCCUCCUAAAACCCCGUGCUCUGAAGGAGGCCGCAGCGCACUACUGGCAGACAUUCAGAAGGGAACCAGACUGAAGAAGGUGACGCAGGUCAAUGACCGCAGCACUCCCAACCUCGACAAGCCCAGAGUCCACAGUGUGGAUGGUAACAGUGGAGCAGGUGGAAGCUCUGGUGCCACACCCACUCAAGGACCUACUCUGAGUGGACUCUUUGCUGGAGGAUUUCCUGUCCUCAGGCCUGUUGGACAGCGAGAUAAGGACUCGCACACCCGUCCAGUGACUCGGACCGGUUCUGCUGCCAGCCUGAAACAGCCUCUGUGGAACCUGCCAUCUCGAGGCGAGAGUUUCAGGGGUAGCACUCCAGAUCUCUCUCCUUCCUACGGAUCUUUGAAAAGGACCUCUUCUCUAUCUAAAACACGUCCUGUCUCUUCCUACUUGGCCCCGCCUUCCCCCAGCCAACCCACUCCUCUAAGUUUUAAGCCUCUGUCCUCUCCUCCUCCUCCUCCACCAUCACUUGUUCAUCAGGAGCAUGCAAAUAACAAGCCGCCUCCUCUCUCUACCGGUCCUCCUCAACAACCACCACCUCCUCCUCCUCUUCCUCCUCCACCUCCUCCUCAAAUCACCAAACCCGCAUGGUUACCGGUUCAAUCUCACUCCAUCCCGAUGCCCACAGUGCCACCUCCGCCCGCACCUCCCUUGUUCCCACCUUCCUCCUCUCUUUCUGAUAGAUUGCAUAGUUUCUUCCACCCUCUGCCUCCUUCUCCAAAACUUGUAGAUGCUAAGUUUGGUAACUUCAGGGAUAGUCCUCCUCCACCCCCUCCUCCUUUUCCUACCUCUUUUACACCGAGUCUUCCUGCAUCUCUACCCCCUCCUCCGCUUCCUCCGCCACCUAAAGCUCCUGCAGUGUCCACAUACCGCCCUGCAGUUCCUCCGCUGCCCCCCUCUUACCCCUGCACGGCCCCCAGCCGGAAGCCUCCUGCAGUACCAGGAAGCACAGGUACUGGUCGAUUGGCUCCUCCUCCUGCUCCACCUGCUCGUUCUCCUGCCACGGAGUUGUCCAGCAGAAUCCCACCUCCUCUUCCACCUUUGCCCCUGGCUCCACCCCUCUCGGCGAGAAAUGGACACCUGCACGGCUUGGAUGACUUUGAAUCCAAGUUUCAGUUCCACCCAGUUGAGGAUUUUCCUCCUCCUGAAGCAUUCCGGCCCUUUACGAGAAUAUACCCAAGCAAAGAGAACAGAGUAUCGUCACAAGCUUCCGGCACGAGGGCCCACUUAAGAUGAAGAAGCCUGUGACAUUUGGUGCUGAUUUUCAUCAGACCACAUUUAUCUCAUGAUCUCCAUCGUUGGCGAUGAGAACAUAGCGGUCCAACUGAUCUCUGACGUGAACAAUGUGAAUCGCAAGGACCCAUCUUUAAUUUCAGCACAGACCUCAGGAUACAGUCCAGUAGAACCUCAGAAUUGUGUAGCAUCCAAGCCAUUAACUGAAAAUGCCACCAAGCUAUGUUUAUAGUAAAGAGCUCUAACUCUCUCGCUUUACUGAAGUCACUGUACUGUAUAAUUCUGCUUUGUACGUAGUCCACACAAGUGUGUUUAAAAGGGCUUCAGACAUUAUUCUCUGUCUCAUCAAGUAAUUCCAGAGAUGGAGAAUGUAUGAAUCAAAGAAUGGAAGAAUAAUUGCAGACAAAGUAGCAAGGUGGAAGCUUAAUUAACAUUUCAGUACGCUGCCUUGGCCUCAUCACUUUACUGAUUUUUUAUUAUUCCACAUGACCUUAUUCCCAAAGCCUAAGCUCACGUUCAGUCAAACAGAGUGUUGGGUAACAGUCUACUCCAUAGUGUGCUAAUGUAUGAAAUAUGAGCUCAGUAGAUUUUAUUACAAGUUCUUAUGCUUUUCAUUCAGAUUAUACAGUCUGUUUUUUCCACUGGUUUUUGUCUGUGCCACUUUAGGACAUAUGUACAUACAUGAACGGGAUGGUAAUAUCGGGGUUUCAGUGAUUUUCUCUGAACUGUUCUUUUUCUGUGGCAGAAUGAUUGGACAUCAUAUUCCUUUAACAGAAAAGAUCAAGAAUUUGGUGCACGAGUUUUAAUUUAUUUUUGGGUUUUCUGAAAUCAUCACAGGGUCAAAGUGAUACAUAUAGGGAUAAAAAUUUACAUACACCCACUCGGACCUCUUAACUUCCUGUUAGUGAUGACUGACUACAGCUGGUAGCUUUUCUGUGCACAUCACAGGUAUCCGGUUAUUUAGCACAAGUUCUAGAGUCUCUUGGCACAACUCUGUUCUUUAGCACAACUCUGGAUUAUGGUCACAAUAAUCGAAAAAAUACUCAUCUUGAUAUAGGAAGGGGUUUAUUACGAUUGCUUAGGGACCGGAAGCUGGAAUUUCUGCUGCUGUGCAUGUUAAGGAUCAGUCGUUGAUCCUGGAAACAUGGACUGAAAAGCCAAUUAUUUGGUGUCUUUGGAUAUUUGUAGUUAAGCCAUAACAAGCCUUGAAUUGUGGCACCUUCAUCGAUAACUUCAGUCAUAUCACAAAUUCAACCGACUGUCAAUAAUUAGACGUUUGCCGAAUUAAUUAACUGGGGUGUUAUGUCCAUUGCCCUGCUUGAAAAUGUGUUUUGCCAUCUAAGAGCGGAAUCUAUUCCUAAAAACUUAAAUUAUUAAAUGUCCAUUUGAUAUCACAUAUUACUGCUUUCAUAUCAAACAUGGCAGUUUCAAGAUGGCAGAGUGGAGAAAUACAGUCGCUCGUUUUCAAUCAGAAUCUCGGCAACUUUUCAUUAAAAAAUCCAUUAAACAUCUUUAAACGUGAUCAGUAAGUAUUCAUAUUAAAGAUUAAGUGUUCUUGGAUCUUGUGCUAAAGAACUUAGUUUUGCUAAGAGACUUUAGAACUUGUGCUAAAUAAUUGCAAACCUUGACUGACACUCAUUGGAUUGACCAACACGCUAUACAAUGGGAAAGUUCAAGGAGCUCAGUGCAGAUCUCAGAAAAAGGAUCAUAGAUUCACACACUCAGGAACUGCAGAUUCCAAGAUCAUCAGUUCAAACAACUGUAUGCAAGUACAAGUUAUUGGGAGGUGAAGUCACUUUACUGGAAGACCCAAAAUGUCCUUGUCAGCUGAGAGGAAAUCGGUUCAGAUGGUCAGAACAACCCAGGAACCACCAAGGCACAGGCCUACCGUGAACAGGAAGCUGCUGUAACACUGACUACAGUCAAAUGAGUUUUACAUCACCAUGGACUGAGAGACUGCCAUCCAAGAAAGAAGCCCCUGCUCUAAAAUUCACACCUUAAAGCUGGAAUAAAGUUUACAGCUGAGCACAUGGACAAAGCAAAAGCCUGCUGGAGGAACGUUUUAUACUCAAAUGAGACAAAGAUUGAGUUGUUUGGCCACAAUGACCAGAGGAACAUUGUACUAAAUGUUAAGCAUGGUGGUGGUAGCAUCAGGCUCUGGGCCUGUUUUGCUGCCAAUGGAACUGGUGCACUGCACAAAGUGGAUGAAAUAAUGAAGGACCUCAGAAUUCUUCUGCAUAAUCUCAAACAAUCAGAAACUCGGACACAGCUACGGAGGAACAUUGUACUAAAUGUUAAGCAUGGUGGUGGUAGCAUCAAGCUCUGGGCCUGUUUUGCUGCCAAUGGAACUGGUGCACUGCACAAAGUGGAUGGAAUAACGAAGGACCUCAGAAUUCUUCUACAUAAUCUGAAACAAUCAGAAACUUGGACACAGCUAUGUGUUCCAACAGGACAGUGACCUCAAACACGCAUCAGAGCUGGUUGUAGAGGAUAAAGCAGGAGAGCAUUCAGUUUAAAACAAGUCCUGACCUCAACACGAUCGAAAAUACGUAGAUCGUGUUUGAAAGUCAGGUCUGUUCCAGAAAACACAGAUUUAAUAGAACUCUUAAUUCUGCCAGGAAGAGAAGACAAAUAUCCAACCAGAAUUCUGACAGAAGCUUGUUGACGGCUAACAAAAGCAUCUGGUGAAGGUGAAACUCACUCAGGGACAUUUAACCAAAUAUCAGCUGGCUGUAUGUAUAACUUUGACCCUGUGUUGAUUACGGAAAAUAAAAUAAACUCAAACUUGUGCACCAAAUUCUAGGAUUUUAUUUAAAGAUGUUGUAGAAUCAUUCUGCCACAUAAAAAGAACAGUUCAAAGAAAUCCCUGAAAGCCCAAAAUUGCCCUGACCCUCAUAUAUGUGUGUUUAAACUUCUGACCUCAGCUGUACAUGUGUAUAUGUAGGAUUAGGGGUUGUGACCCCCAGAUUGGCCCCAAAAAAACACCUGAGCCCCUGCAGUGCUACAAAUAGUGAAGAUAAUGUUCAGAAACCUCAAACUCCCAGGCCUCUGCCUUGGGGAACACACACUCUGGCCAUAUACAGUAUAACAUUCGUGUAAGACUGAGAAACAGUGCCACCACCUGGACUCGGUAUGAAAUUGAAUAAAUAAUUUCACUUCUGUAAAUAUACUGAAUCACAUUUUAUUGUACUUGCAAUAUAAUAAUAAUCAGCAGCAUCAGACUGACCAUUCUGGCUCUUUAACUCAGCAGUUAUGCUUAAUAAAAAAAUAAAAUACAGCAAGCAUUUAUGUUAGAGUUGUAAUUUUGGACUCCUACAUCCAAGUUUGUACAUUAGAACUUUAUUAGAAGUGGAGUGAUUUAUAAAA